GAAGGGGUGGGGAGGGAAAGAGAGAGGGGAGGGGACCAGAGCGUGCCAUUCCGAGCGCGGCAGUGCGGCGAGAUCCCACCCCGGCGUCUGCAGAGCCCGAGGCGCAACUGGUGCGAGGGCUGGGUCCUCGCCUCCCCGUCAGCCCCAGCUCGCGGCCGCCAGGGCUCGGGCCGCGCGCCCGCCGAGUGGCUUUUGCAAGGCGGGGGCCUGUUUGCAGAGAGCUGGACAUUUGCAUGAAGCGACUCGACCCCACGGAGCAGCGGCAGCAGCGGCGGACCCCGGCGGCGGCGGCGGCGGCGGCGCGCGGUCCCAGCCCGGUGGCCCCGGUGUCCCGGACCCGGUGGAUGCACGGCUGGGGAGGAUCCCAUGGGCCGGAGCUGAGGCUGCCCGGGGAGGGGGAGCGCAGGGCAGGGGGCGCGGUCGAGGCCCGGAGGCGGCGGCGCAGGAGGAAGCGGAGGAGGUCGGGCGCUCGGGCCGCAGCCCCGGGCUCGCCAUGCUCCUGGCCUCGGCGGUGGUGGUCUGGGAAUGGCUGAACGAGCACGGCCGCUGGCGUCCCUACAGCCCGGCGGUGAGCCACCACAUUGAGGCGGUGGUCCGCGCCGGCCCCCGCGCGGGGGGCAGCGUGGUGCUGGGCCAGGUGGACAGCCGUCUCGCGCCCUACAUCAUCGACCUGCAGUCCAUGAACCAGUUCCGCCAAGACACGGGAACUCUCCGCCCAGUUCGCCGCAACUACUAUGACCCCUCCUCAGCCCCUGGGAAGGGCGUGGUGUGGGAGUGGGAGAACGACAAUGGCUCCUGGACGCCCUACGACAUGGAAGUGGGCAUCACCAUCCAGCACGCCUAUGAGAAGCAGCACCCCUGGAUCGACCUCACUUCCAUUGGCUUUAGCUAUGUCAUUGACUUCAACACCAUGGGCCAGAUCAACCGUCAGACCCAGCGCCAACGCCGCGUCCGCCGGCGCCUCGACCUCAUCUACCCCAUGGUCACGGGGACCUUGCCUAAGGCCCAGUCCUGGCCAGUCAGCUCUGGGCCAGCCACCUCGCCCCCCAUGUCCCCCUGCUCCUGUCCCCAGUGUGUCUUGGUGAUGAGUGUUAAGGCAGCUGUGGUCAAUGGCAGCACUGGGCCCCUACAGCCACCAGUGACCCGCAAGAACUUGCCCCCUCCUGGAGUGGUCAGGCUGCCCCCACCACCAGGCUCUGGGGCCAAGCCACUGGACAGCACAGGCACCAUUCGAGGCCCGGUGAAGACCGCCCCAUCACAGGUGAUCCGGAGACAAGCCUCCAGCGUGCCCACUGGGACAACCGUGGGCUCUCCUGCCAGCCCCCCAGGACCCAACGGCAAGACCGGAAGGGUGGCCCUGGCCACCUUGAAUCGUAGCAACCUGCAGCGACUGGCCAUUGCCCAGUCUCGGGUGCUGAUCGCCUCUGGGGUCCCCACAGUCCCAGUGAAGAACCUAAAUGGGUCCAGCCCUGUCAACCCUGCCUUGGCAGGAAUCACUGGGAUCCUCAUGAGUGCAGCGGGGCUGCCUGUGUGUCUCACCAGGCCACCAAAGCUGGUCCUACACCCACCCCCCGUCAGCAAGAGUGAAAUAAAAUCCAUCCCAGGGGUUUCCAACACAAGCCGCAAGACCACCAAAAAACAAGCCAAGAAAGGUAAAACCCCAGAGGAAGUGCUAAAAAAAUAUCUGCAGAAAGUCCGGCACCCACCAGAUGAGGACUGCACCAUCUGUAUGGAACGCCUCACGGCCCCCUCAGGCUACAAGGGCCCGCAGCCCACAGUAAAACCUGACCUGGUAGGGAAGCUGUCCAGAUGCGGCCACAUCUACCACAUCUACUGCUUGGUCGCCAUGUACAACAAUGGAAACAAGGAUGGGAGUUUGCAGUGUCCAACCUGCAAGACCAUUUAUGGGGUGAAGACAGGCACCCAACCUCCGGGGAAGAUGGAGUACCACCUCAUCCCCCACUCCUUGCCUGGCCACCCAGACUGCAAAACCAUCCGGAUUAUCUACAGCAUCCCCCCUGGCAUUCAGGGACCAGAACACCCGAAUCCUGGGAAGAGUUUCAGCGCCCGAGGCUUCCCACGACAUUGUUACCUUCCGGACAGCGAGAAAGGGAGAAAAGUUCUGAAGCUGCUGCUCGUGGCCUGGGAUCGCCGCCUCAUUUUUGCCAUUGGCACCUCCAGCACCACGGGGGAGUCAGAUACUGUCAUCUGGAAUGAGGUCCACCACAAGACAGAGUUUGGCUCUAAUCUCACUGGCCAUGGCUACCCAGAUGCCAAUUACCUGGAUAAUGUGCUGGCUGAACUGGCUGCCCAGGGCAUCUCUGAGGACAGCACUGCCCAGGAGAAGGACUGAGGCCAGAAAAGCUUUGAGGUGGGAGGGGCCGUGGGGACUGCAGGACAGGAAGUGAGGAGAGUGAGUCAAUGUAGAAGAAGUUGGUGUCCUGCCCUCCCAACUUUCUAUCCUCCCCUCCUGCCCUGUGUCCACCCCUCAUCUCUCCCAACCACAGCGGGAGCCAGACUGAAUAUAGCGACAUCAUUCAUAAACCUUAUCCAACACAAAGGGAGAGGGGAUGAGGGCCACCCUGGGUCUGUUCCCAUGGAGUUUUUGGUGCUGGGUAGUCAAGAAUCCCCUCCCUACCCCACCUCCCAAGUAGGGGCAUGGUCAACACACCUGGGGUAUGGGCAGUGCCUGGGCACUCCAUACCCUGGCUUUGGGAAGCCGGGGUUUCUGGCCUCAGCCGGCUUCUUGCUACUUCCACUCUGCUUUGAGAGUGGAAUUUCUGCUAUUCUCCCUCUGCUGCAGCCAGGGAGCUCUCACUGUGCAAGGUUGGGGGGGCAAAGGGGUGAACCACUAAACUGCUGUGACAUCAGAAACGGAUGCCUUGGUGUAGAGCGAGGAAGCACUCCUUCCCAAGAGGGUCAGAGAAGGAAAAGCCUCUGGGAGCACAUUCCGCUCUCAUCACAGUCCUUGGCUUCUCUGGGCCCUCCUCUCCUCCUCACAGCUCUGACCUGUCCAAAGAGGCAUCUGGUUCUCUCAUGCGGAUGGAUGGACUCUGGGGUUCCUCUUUGGGGUGGCAUCCCAUGAUGCUGUUUCUAGCCCCUCUCUGAUCAAACCAGAGCCUGCAUCCCACUGAGCAUCUGAACUGUCCUCAGGGAGAGGAGCCCACAGCCUUCUUCCCAACUCAUUCUAGACCAGCUCAAAGAUUCCAUGAGUUUCAUCAAGUCACUGUGAGUGGAGCCCAUUCUGGGCUCUGUGCCCUCUGUGUCUGUGCAUGCGUGUGUGUGGGGGGUGGGGGAGGGGGCGUGUGUGCAUCGCUGGGCCAGCUUGAUGGGAAGGCCCGUCAUGUCCCUGCACUCUGUUUUGCAAGAUGCCAAACCCCAGUUCUGAUGGGGCUCCAACAGCCAGGCUGUGGUCCUUUGAUGUUCCUCACCUGUUGCCAACCUAUCCCACAGAGAACUGAAACCCCAAUGGAGACAGAACUGUGCCUGGGGAGAUGCAAUGAGGUGAGGGUUGGACUCAUCCUUUUAUAUCUCUUUUUGAGAUUGGAGCAGAGCUCAUCUCCAUCCAGUCUUGUUUCUAUGAAGGCUUCAAUCUGUUUCCAUGCAAAUUUGCUCAUCAGAGCCCAGAGCUGCUGGGUCCCUCAUCUCCUUCAUCUAUUAUAGAUUGACUUAGAGCAGGGAGAGAACCUCUUUAGCUCAUUCCUAAUGGGGUUGGGACCACGGUAUGGUCUGGUCCAAUCUGCAUCUUGGUUGUGUCCCAAGACCCUGUCUCCUCCCCAACAUUCUUAUUGCCUUUGGCUCCCAGUAAGGAAUGAAUUGGGGGCCAGGGAGGAGAAAAGGGGGAAUCAAGAAGGGAAAUCGAAUUCCCCCUUUGAAAGUGGGUUCUUUGAACUAUGUGUUUGGGGGAAGUUCCUCUGGAUACUAAUUUGUAUUUAUAUACCUCAUGUUUUGGGGGUUUGACGUAUAUAUAUAUGCAUAUAUAUUUCAUAAUAUUUGGAAGGUUUUUGAUGCUAGAAAAAUGGAAACAAGAAAACCUUCAAAAAUGGUACUUCGAUGGGAACCGGAGGCCAGGCUUUCAUAAAAGCCAGCCCCAUAGCUGCUUGCUGUUAGGCCUCCAGCCAUUUUGACGUGGGUGUGGAUAGUCGAUUCACUUGCCUGUCACCCAGUUCUGUGGAUGUGCUGGUGCUGAGACUUUGCUCUGUUUCCAAAUGGCUACAAGGGAUGUUGAUCAGCUCCACCAGAGGGAGCUCUGAUGGGAGGAGUUGUUCUGCCAUCCUUGUCCCCGUGUCUCCUGUCAGCAGGCAGCCAUUAUAUCUCACCAGCAGACCAGGAGACUGGUCCUGAGCUUACUGCACCACAGGGCAAUUUCCUGCCAGAGUCAGGAAGGAAACCCCUGAACUAAAUGGAAGAGACAUCCCUGCGGUGUUUAAUGUCACACCCAUGCCCUUUGUCGAGUUACCAUGUGCCAGAGAUUACUUGGAGACCCUCAUGCCGUCUCUGCCUUCAGCACACUGGUCAAGUAUCUGCUGAGCUUCUUGGCUGCAAGGGUGCAGAAAUAGGCUGAGGGUUCUUGGGAAGGAAAACACGAUGAGGCAGUAGGAGGUGGGGAAGAAAAGAAGACAGACUUUCACAAUGGAAUUAGGCAGUGGGGAGAGAUCAGUUUCCCCACGUCAGGGAGAAGAAGGUAUAGGUGGGGAAGGGGUGGCCAGGAGGAGAAGGAAGAGGACUCAAGAUGGAAAGGGAGCCGCUGUGCAUGUGGCAAUACCACUUGGAGAGGUCGUCUUCACACCUUCAAGCCUUUUCCCCUGGGCUUUUGAUUAUGUCUGUGCCCAAUUUCUUGUCCUCUCUGCAGAUGCCCAGUAGGGGCUACCUCAUUCUCGUGCUGUUCUUGUGUGGCUUUCUGGGCAGUAGGGAUCUUGAAUUUCCUUUCUAACACUGUGCCAGGCAAGGCAGGGAGCAUUCCUCUGCCCUUUCUCUUGUGCCAACCUGGUAAGGUGCAGUCUAGAUUUCAGCGAGAACCCUGCCAGCCCAGCCCUGUGCAUCCACUACCUUGACACAGGGUGUUUUCCCACCAGAAGCCCUGCUGUGCUCUCCUGGCCCAAGUAGGGGAUUCCAUGCCUUCCCUUUCAUGCUCUUAGUGCCAGCAGCCUAGUUUCUCCCUUCCAGAGUCUCCUGGGAUGACAAAUUGGAUUGGAGACAAAUCUCAUCGGAUGCUCAUCCCCUAAAAGGUUAAGUGUGUAUUUGUGGCUGCGUGUGCCUUUGUGUUUUCAUUCUCUUUCCAUUUUUGUAAAAUUGGGUCGUCUCUGUGGUUUUAUACUUGGUCAAAAGUACUCAUCUUGGUAUUGCACUGUUGUAUGCAUGAGAAAACUGGGGGAAGGCUCAUGUGGUACAAGAAAGGACGCCUGACCCAUUUCCUUCUCUGUGGUCCCCGGCAUUAGAUUGGGGGUUCUGGGAGAGGCAGGUGAAUGUCCUAAGUGAAUUGUUCUGUUUGUAACUGGAGUGUUUUUGAAGUCUUUGGUGUUGCUCUGUGAGAGGGCAUCGCCACCUGGUGCUCAUGAGGUGUCUGUGCAGAACAAUAAAUGGCAAAUGAACAACCACAAAA